AUGUGCAAACCACCUCUGGAUGCUAGUGCUCCCCAGCUACACAGUGCACUCAGUGCCACUCAGCUGGCAUACUUGAAGCUUCACAUUCAGAUGAAGAAGCUACAAAUCAACUACAACAGUCUACUCUCCACCCUCCCACAGAGCUGCAAGAAAGCUGUAGAGAACAAUCCAAAUACCAUAUUGGACAACAACAUUGUCACCAAGGCAAAAAAGUAUUGUUUCUUCUAUCAUUUCUGGGUCCCUAAAGAUGUUUUCCCACUCAUCACUCUGCCACCUGGAUACAAUCUGACUGACCCUGCUCACUGGAGUAUGCCUGAAUCAAAAAUUGCAGGCUUCAAAGUGGAACUUUAUUUCAUGCUACCCAGUGACCUCAAGGUCUGUGCAACAACAUAUGGUAACUCUGGCCAUGUGUUUUCAAAUGCAGUUGGGGCUGAGAGGCCCAACAUCCUCAAAUCUGUUAAGGAUAAUGUGCAGCAACUCUUUGCACACUUGGAACUUAGUGCCAACUUAUUCGCAAAUGAGAAUUCAAGAGCUCCAUGUGGAUCAAACAAGACUGUGAGAGUGCUGCUGAAGAUGCACCCAGGGAAUGUGGAUGCUCACUAUACCCCUCUCUCACCAAUCCUCUUUCCCAAACCAGAUGCCUUGGUGGCCAGGGAUUUAUUCAAAACCCCACUCCUGGUUAGUAAAAUCAUCUGGGUCAUGGUUUUUGGCAAGGGAGUCCUGACCGGCAAGUGA